AUGAAUCCAUAUCAACCUUCUAAUCCUAUAACACAGACAUCGUCAGGCAUCUCUAUUAAAUCUCCCUCUUCUUCUUCUUUAUCAGAGAACCAAGACACAACAGUAACAAAGCCAGCACCUAAAACCAUUCCUUCUUCUUCUUCUUCUUCCUCUUCCUCAUCUAAAAGAACAUGUAGAAAUGUAAUCAUCCAUGGCUUUUGUAAAUUUCAAGAUAAAGGCUGUGAAUUCAAUCAUGACACUGAAAAGCCCAUUGUAUUGCCACAGCAACUAGUGAAUCACUCAACAAGCCCAGAAACCUCUCGAACUUCAUCCGUGUCUGCUGGCAGUAUUCAUGCGCCUGUCUUUGUACCCAAAUCCACUGCCAUUCAAGAAAAAGUAUCUCCACCACGGCCAAUAUUAACAGACAUGUACAACAGUACAGACAAUGCCAAUGCUCGCUUAACAUCACCUAUUCAGCAAUUACCACACAAUCGAUUUCCAUUUGUCAAUGGCCAGCAAUACAUGUAUCCGCCGCCAUCGCAUCCCUCCACACCCCUGAUGCCACACGACCCGUACUUUUACAUGAACAACCACUCAUUUCCACAGCCAUCCCAACCUCAGUACCAUCAAUACGCUCCCACAUUACCUCAUGUUGCCAAUCUGCAAAAUCAUCAGCGGCUUGUUCAAUCUUUUUACAUUCCUGACAACUUGAGAGAGCAAUUACUGAAACGCAACGAUGCCACCAUAGCAACAGCGUCAGCAAAAGAAACAGGCUUGCCAGAGGAAGUGCAUGUGUAUCAUUCACUCUAUCGCAUGGAAGACAAGCCAGGUAAAGUGCUCGGACAUGCUUCUUGGGUUUAUAGAGCAGUGUGUCGUACCAAUGGCAAAUACUAUACCAUGGUGCGCAUUGAAGGAUUCAGAUUGGUCAAUGAACAAGCCAUGAGCAUCGUCAAGCAAUGGAGGAAAAUCAAACAUGCCACUAUUGUCUCUAUCAGAGAGGCCUUUACGACACGAGCAUUUGGCGAUUCUUCACUGGUCUUUGUAUACGAUUACCAUCCUUGUAGCAUCACGCUAUUUGAAGCCUACUUUUCACCACAAGCACAAGCACUGCUGCACGCUCGAUUUCAAGCAGCUGGCAUCAACGGCAUGCCUGUCCCUGAAACCACCUUAUGGAGCUUCAUCACACAAAUUGCCUCCGCCUUGAAAACUAUCCAUGGCGCAGGCUUAUCUGCUCGCACUAUCGAGCCCACUAAAAUCAUCAUGACCAGCAAAAACAGACUACGCAUCAGCUGUACAGGACUCGUAGAUGUGCUUCAGUUCGACACAACCACACAGGCACAAAGAGCCAUGCAUCAGCAGGAGGAUUUACUGAGCUUUGGUAAAUUGGUUGUGAGUCUUGCUUGCAAUUCACCAGCCGUUGCUUCUGCCAUGUCAUCGUUUGAAUACAUGUCGCGGUUUUACUCGCCUGAUCUCAAGAAUGUCGCUUAUUAUCUGUUGGGAAAACCGUCCUUGUCAAAAUCCAUUGACGAGGUGUUUACAUUGAUAGGACCUCGGCUGUUGCAUGAAUUAAACAGUAGUCAUCAUUAUACGGAUACAUUGGAAGCAAAUCUCAGCAACGAGUUGGAAAACAGUCGAUUGGUCAAGCUCAUGUCAAAACUCAAUUUCAUCAAUGAAAGACCAGAAUUUGAAAAGGAUCCUCGAUGGCAAGAAUCAGGCGAUCGCUACAUGAUUAAAUUGUUUCGAGAUUACAUCUUCCAUCAAGUGAAUGAGAUGGGUGUGCCUGUGGUGGAUAUGGGGCAUGUGAUAUCAUGUAUGAAUAAGCUGGAUGCUGGUGUAGAUGAAAGCAUAUUGCUGACUUGUCGAGAUAACCAAACAUCCAUCAUUGUUACCUACAAGGAACUCAAAUCAUGCAUCGCAUCCGCCUUCAACGAGAUCAACACAAAGGCCCAUUCAACACAUAGCACAUCAUCUUCAGCAGCAGUAAAUAAACAAAGAUAA